AUUGACGAGUGGCACCGGAAGUGGGGCGUGUGCCGGAUCAGGUGAUGCAGUGAGAAGGCCGCGGCGGCGCCGCUCGCGUUACCGACAUGGGCUGUUGUUACAGCAGCGAGGGCGACGGCAGCGAGCAGGAGCGCGAGGAGGGAAAGCCGCUGCUCAUCCCAGUCAGUAACCCACCAAGUAAAUCGUCUGGAGGCGCUGAUCACAACUACUCCAGUAUUCCGUCAUCUCGCUUCCCAGAUGAACAAGCUCUGCUCAACACUAUCCUCGCCAAGACGGCACAUAAUAUCAUAGACGUGUCAGCCGCAGAUUCGCAGGGCAUGGAACAGCACGAGUACAUGGACCGUGCACGUCAGUACAGCACGAGGUUAGCGAUGAUCAGCGGCUCGACCCAGUGCAAGCGAGCGACGACACUGCCUGCACUAACCAGCCAGCCGCACCAGGUUCUGGCUAGUGACCCCGUGCCCUAUUCAGACAUUCAGCAGGUCUCUAAAAUCGCAGCGUAUGCAUCAAGUGCACUUUCCCAAAUCAAGGUGGAUGCCAAGGAAGAGCUGGUGGUGCAGUUUGCCAUCCCGUGACCAUCCUGCUCCAGACCUCCCGCCAAGACUUUAAUACUGGGACUAACUAACUAGAGAUAUAGACCUUCCGCGCCAGAGUCAGACCCACACAUCACGCCUUUUUAAUUAAGUCUGUUUACCUGAUUUUUCUAGAAGUCCUUUUUUUUGUCAGUGUGAUUUACGACAUUGGCAGACUUUAUGAAACACCUUGCAGCUCUUAAAUAGCUGUCUGUUUUUGUUUAUUCCUCUGCCACCCCCUGCUAUUCAGUGACCAAUCGAGUAUCUGUUCACCCUGAGGAGCAGCAGAUCAUUCUGACUGAAUGAGCACGUCACGUCUUUAGUCCUUGUGACAGGCUUUUUCUGUCUCGAGGUAUUGGUUUCAUAAUUACUGUUCCAGGUUUGUUUUUCUCGAUGCAUUCUAACAAUGGCUGUUUCUGAAGAUCUGAGAGUUGUAACUUGUGAAUAUAUUUGGAGUUGAUUGUG